GCCGGUCCAGCCUCCUGCGCUCCUCGUCGGGCUCCUCUUCCACACCUCCUAAUGUCCUAUGAAUGAACGUCCGUCACACUUUUGUUUUGAGCGCCUCCAUCAAGAAAUAAGCCACCCGGAAUAUUUUUUUUUACCGACGUCCGGGCUGAUCAGUCAAACUUCCUAAGUGUACUUGGGGAGAAAAUGACGGCCAAGCACCGAAAAGGGAGAGGUAACAACAAACAGGAGGAGAACUCCUUCAAACACGAAGCCCCGGAGCGCGACCCCCGGCGUGGAGGCGCUCCCGCGAUUAUCUCCGUCCUGCUCCUCACAGUCCUGAUCGGGGGGGCGAUCGUGGCGUGGUUCUGCCUCCAGCAGCAUCAGACUUCCGCCAACCUGGCUGACACCUUAGUGGGCAUGCAGAUGAAGAUGGUGAAGCUCCAGGCGCUACAGGAGGAGGUGCGGAUGACCGCCGACAAGCUCCUCGCUCUGGAUGGAUUUGAAAGUCGAUUCCAGGCACUGGAGGAAGUUUGUACACAGGUCCAGAAGAAGGUGGGACCGGCAGUGACCUCUGACCUCCCCAGCCAGGUUCAUGCCCUGCGUGCAGAGGUGACGCAGCUGGCAGAGUGGCGACAGGAUGCGGUGACCCCGGAGCAGCUGAAGGAGGUACAGAGCACUCUGGAGGUGAGGACAGGGGAACUGGAGAGCAUGAGGAGCGAACUGGAAGCUCUGAAGGUUUUGCACACGGAGCUGGCCGAGGGAGGUCCAGCCGGGUGGAGGUUCGGGCAGAAGGAGCACGCCAAGGGCUCUGAAGAUCUGAGCUCCCUGCUGGAGCUUCACGCAGUGGAGGUCACCAACCUCAGGAGGCUGCUGGCCCGGCACAAAGCCCAGCUUGAUGCCGCCACGCGGGACAUCAACGACGUGAGAGAGCUGCUGGGGGACAAACCACAGUCCCAAACCAAGGCCGUGCAGGAUCAGCAUGUCCUGCAGAGCGAGAAGCAGAGCACUGCCACCCAGGGCCUCCAGGCUGCAGCCCAGGCCCAAGUGGAGACCAGUCAGAACCAGAUGGGUGAGCUGGAUGUGGCUAUCCCAGAGGAUUUCCCUUCUGAGGAGUCAGUGGUCUUGAUGCCUGAGGAAGAACAGUCUGAUCAGCUAGUCAAAGAGGAAGAGGAAAUGGCAUACAUAGAUUUUGCCCCUGAGGAAGACGGUCCACCAGGAAAACUGGAGGCAUAUGUAACAGGAGCACAGGGACAAGAAGUCGCUAUGACAAAGGAGAAAGAGCUAGGGGUUAUGGAGGAACAGGAGAUGGAAGUGAAAGAGGAGCAAGAACUAGGGGACACCAAGCAGGAGGAGGAGGUGACAGAGGAGGAGGAGCUGGGGGACACCAAGGAGGAGGAAGAGGUGACAGAAGAGGAGGAGCUUGCAGACAAUGUGGAGGAGGAAGAGCUUGGAGAUACUGAGGGGGAUGAAGAGCUGGGGGACACUAAAGAGGAAGAGGUGACAGAUGAUGCGGAAUUUGGAGACCGUGAAGAGGAGGAAGAGCUCGGGGACAUGGAGGAGGAAGAAGAAGAGAAGGAGGUGAUGGAGGACAGGCUGAAAGACAUGGAGGAGGAAGAGCUUGGGCACUUUGAAGAGGAGGAGGAGGUGAUGGAGGACAAGCUGAAAGAGAUGGAGGAGGAAGAGCUUGGGCACUUUGAAGAGGAGGAGGAGGUGAUGGAGGAGGAAGAAGAGCUAGAGGACACUGAGGAGGAAGAAGACCUGGAGGACACUGAGGAGGAGGAAGAACAGCUAAGGAAUACCGAGAAGGACAAGGAAGUGAUAGAGGAGGAAAACCUGGAAGACACAGAGGAGGAACUUGGGCAUUUUCAAGAGGAGGAUGAGGAGGAAGUGAUGGAGGAGGAAGAGGAGCUAGAGGACACUGAGGAGGAGGAAGAAGAGCUGGAAGACACUGAGGAGGAGAACAAAGAGCUCAGGAAUACCAGGGAGGACAAGGAGAUGACAGAGGAGGAAGAACCUAAGGAUGCUGACAAACAGGUAAAGAGGAAAGAGGAGAUGAUAGAAGAAGUAGGAGACAUGAGACUGGUGAAGAAGGAAGAGGAGGAGGAACAGGAUAACACAGAAAAUGAAGAGCUGGGGGACCCUAAUGCACAGGAGGAGGAAGAGAAACCCAUAGAGGAACUAGAACUGGAGGAACCCAAGGUACAUGAAGAGGAGAUCAUGGAAGAGCGGGUAACUCCUGUUGGAGAGGAGGAGCAAGAAGCCUCUGAAUCAGGCACUGAAGAGGAGGAGCAGAAGAGGAUGGCAGCGCAGGGAAAGAAAGAGCAAUAGGGAGGAGGAUACAGCCCAAAUGAACAAGAAUCUAGAGAAUCAGAAGCUGUUAAGAAGCGUUAGUCUUCCAAACACAUCACCUGCCCCUCGCUCACUGGAGAUGAUGGAUAUGAAGCAGCCAUUUGCACUGCAUGGGACAGCUGUUGCGUUUUGCAACUUUGAACUUCAACUAACUGUGUGAAAGGGAGCCUAGGGGUUUGAAAGGGUUCAAAUCAGGGUUUUGUGCAUCAACAACCUUGAAAGCCUUAAUCCUUUGUGAGAAACCGGAACAUUAUUCCAUAGCGAACAGCGAACAGUCAUGUUUAUUUCCACUGAAUGUGUCUGAGUAGGACAGAACUCAUUUCUACCACUGGAGGGCAGUGUAAAGGCACAGUUGUUGCAUGUGUUAAUUAGAACACAAGCUUUCUUGUGAUAGCCAGAUGACAGUCUAUUUUUGACUGUAGGAGAGGUUAUGGAGAAAUGCAUUUCUGUGUAAAUAAUGUACUAAUGUACUACAACACACUCAUGUAAAGCGCCUUGGGGCGACUCUAUUGUGAAAGGCGCUAUAUAAAAAUAAAUUGAAAUGAACUGAAUUUGUCCAAACUCAAUAUGACACUGAUCUAAAGGUGCUUCUGGUCAAAGGAGUAAAAACUGUGAAGUGUAACUUAUUGUUUGGUCCACAAUUGAAUAUGGAUACUGUUUCA